AAUAUAAUGUGAAAUAUUUCAGAGAAAAACAAUGUUUUUGUGAAUCUAAAGCAGAAAAGGAUUAUCAAAAGUGAAAAGUUAUGUGUAUAUAUAUGUCAAAUUAAUGAAUGAAAGUGACGUGGAAUGGAUGGAUUGAAUAGAUGACGGAAAUGGAAACUUUGGUGGAAAAAAUGAACCGCCGAGGGAUUUCCACUUCCAGUAUUCAGACUGGAGUGUACAAAGUUGGCGAGGGGUCAGGGAGUACACUGCGUCAGUUUCCUGUACACGUGACAUUCCUUGACGAUACUGUACAUAGAUUCUUCCUUGACAAGAAGGCAAAGGGAGCAGAUCUUCUAAAUCUGGUUUUCCAGCACCUGGAGCUUACGGAGCGUGAAUAUUUUGGUUUAAUAUUCUGUGAGGGUGGAGUACCCCUACCCUUGGGUCCUGCUCCCGAUGUGUCCCGAUGGUUGGAUCCCAGUAAACCGCUGCGUAAGCAGAUGCGUGUAAAGGGUGUGUGCGAGGUGCACCUGCAGUUCAGGGUUAAGUUCUAUGUGACAGAUCCGAGCAGGUUGCAGGAGGAGUAUACUAGAUACCAUCUUUACCUUCAGGUGAAGCAGGAUCUUGUGUAUGGAAGAUUGCUGGGCCCUCUCUCCACCAUCUCCCUACUCACCUCCUACACUGCUCAGAGUACACUAGGAGACUUCGACGUGGAUUCUUGUAGAUCUGGAUAUCUUGCUCCCUUCACUAACCUUAGAACCCACUGUAAAGGAUCAGGGAUGGAAGAUCAAUUAGAAAUAGACAGAAGAAUAGCAGAGCUACAUAGGUUGCAUAAAGGCCAGAGUCCCGCUGAGGCGGAAUUAAAUUUUCUUGAGCACGCUAAACGGUUGGAGAUGUACGGUAUUUCCCUCCACCCGGGAAAGGAUUCUAACAGUCGGGAUAUACAGCUUGGAGUGACAUCUAUCGGCCUCGUGGUUUUCCAGAACAAUCUGAAAAUUAACACAUUUAGUUGGAGUAAGAUAGUGAAAAUCUCGUUCAAAAGAAAACAAUUCUUUAUUCAAUUACGGAAAGAGCUGACGGAGACCUACGAUACGUUACUUGGUUUUAAUCUCUCCUCCUACCGAUCCUGUAAAAAUCUGUGGAAAUCUGCUGUCGAACACCAUUCUUUCUUUAGAUUACAUAGUCCCAAGCUCUCGAGUAAAAGAUUCCCGUUCACUCUCAGCUCAAAGUUCCGAUACUCCGGUCGAACGGAAUACCAGACGGUAACGGAAAGUGCGAGUCGGUCAACUCCCGGGUUACUUGGUUCCGGCGUCCGUCGGCCGAAUCGGCAAACCCUGCCAGCCAAUCUUGAAAGACGAAAGCUCUUGCUAGCCUCUCCGGAACAUAGUUCAAUAGGAUCAAGUAACCAUGGAACCUCAAAUAAGUCCAAUACUUCUCUUCCUCCUCCCUCCAACCUUGUUACUCCCUCACCCUCCCAUCCACCCAAACCUCUUUCUGAAACCUCAAGUCGCGUAUCCCUCGCGGUACGUGCCUACGAGUCUUUUAACACUCGCGUCCAGUCCUUGGGAGUUCGCGUGCCCCGACGCGCCUGGACGGAAGAAUCUGACGACGAUGGCGGCUUUCUCGCGAGAACAAUCCCCCGCCUCCGACCCUCGGCUCCGUCCAGCGAAUCUCGAUCUAAUCACUCCCGCCGAUCCCCCGUUGAUCUCUCCUGCCCCCCAGCCAAAUUCUCAUUCGUCGACGAUUCUGCGUCUGAGAAGGGUAGCGAGAGAGCAAGCAGCGAGCCUCCAAGUCAAACUGCUACACUCCAAAUACAAUCCCCCUCCCCUUUACCUUCACCGUCUCUACCUCCUCCGACUGCCUCUGUUACACCUCCGGAGGAUGUUGAAGACGCCUCCAGCCAAAUUUCCGGGUCCUCCGUCGGCCUCGUGAUCAUCACAAUGCUCCCGGAUACCCUGGGCAGGUUCGGGUUCAACGUGAAGGGAGGGAAUGAUCAGGGUGUCCCUGUAAUAGUGAGCAGGGUAGCUGGGGGUACCCCGGCGGAUACAUGUAUACCUCGUCUCACGGAGGGUGAUCAGGUGGUCAUGAUCAAUGGCAGGGAUAUAUCUUCACUCACUCAUGAUCAGGUUGUGAACUUUAUCCGCGCAGCUCGAGAACCUCACUCCGGCCAACUAGUUCUAGCAGUCAGACAGAACGUUUACCUGGGAGAGGAAGUAGAAGAACCGGUUUUCCAGUAUGUACCGGAAAAAUGCCUCAGUCCGGCCUGGGGAAAGGAUGAAGCUAGUCUGAGUGAGUUGACCCCUCUGCAGCAAAGUAUGCUGCUCUUGGCAGAAUCCCUGGAGAGUGGCGCUAUCUCUGGACAGUUUGAGCAGCUCUACCGUAGAAAUCCAUCAAUACCAAUCACAGAUUGCCACCUACCGGAGAAUUCGGCUAAAAAUAGGUACAAGGAUAUAUCUCCGUAUGACCAAACUAGAGUCCUGCUCUCCUCCUGUCCUAGCGGAGACUACAUCAACGCUAACCAUGUUGUAGUCGAUAUUCCAGGCAGCGGGGUAGUCAAUAGAUAUAUUGCUACUCAGGGCCCCCUGUCUCACACCUGUCUUGAGUUCUGGUAUAUGGUCUGGGAGCACGAGAUUCCUCUGCUCAUCAUGCUCACUACCGUCGUGGAGAGGGGCAGAGCCAAGUGCCACAAGUACUGGCCUGAUCUUGAUAGUACUGUUAUGUACGGGAGUAUCAGUGUUACAUGUACACGGGAGGAAAUCAGAAAUAGUUUUGCGUACAGAGACUUUACCCUUCUUCACGCUGACCUGCCAGAUGACGCAAGACUAGUUUCUCAAAUGCAGUACCUUAGCUGGCCCGACCAUGGUACUCCUGACGAUUCGACCGAGUUUGUCGAAUUCGUCGAUGAUGUACGAGAAAUGCGCGAGAAGUCGGCUACGGUAGCUCCGACUUUAGUUCACUGUAGCGCUGGGAUCGGAAGAACUGGAGUUUUGAUUUUGAUGGAGUCAGCCUUAUGUUUAAUAGAAGCUAACCAACCUGUUUAUCCAUUAGAUCUUACAAGGUUAGUUUUAUACCAUAUAUAGAUAGUCCGGUCCAACAGUUUAUGUUUAAUAGAAGCAAACCAACCUGUUUAUCCAUUAGAUCUUACAAUGUUAGUUUUAUACAAUAUAUAGAUAGUCCGACCCAACAGUUUAUGUUUAAUAGAAGCUAACCAACCUGUUUAUCCAUUAGAUCUUACAAGGUUAGUUUUAUACAAUAUAUAGAUACUCCGGCC